UUUAUGAACACCGGUUUACAUAGUGAACGGGAUUAUUGAUAAGUGGCAGGGCUCCAAUGGCGGCGACGCGGAGGCGGCGGCGCCGCGACGCUCCGACGACGCCGUGGCCCGGCCAAACGUUUGCCGCAGCCGACGACGCGUGCAUCCCUCUCGGGUACUAAUGGAUACGCUGCACCCCCACCGUUUCGUGUGACGUCAGUGCCGUCCGGACCAGUGAGUGUUUCGCGUUUAGACCGUCAGGAACUGUCGGGCGUGAGGCGCUGCAAUCGCACACACCAUGACCGUGGGGUGGCAAACCAACGACAGUUUCGACAACUCAUUGAAGAGGGGGACCAGCGAGGUUGCGGAUGAUAUCAGCGUCGACAGCAUACCGGAAUACCAACGGCCACCGCUUAGGAAAAUCGACGAGUACGUCAAUGCGGAAAUUCCAUGUCUUUCGCGAAGGGCGACCGUAGCUUUGCUGGCAUGCGUGGGUUUCAUCAUCAUGUUCGGCAUGAGGGGCAUUAUGGGUAUGGUCAACGCGGAAAGAGCUAGGUUGAACAUCACGGAAACUGAUGAAGGUACCACGGCUGAGGUCGAAUCCGCCAUAUUCUGGGGUUACUUCGUCACCCAGAUACCCGGAGGUCUAAUAGCUGCAGCGUAUCCUGCCAACAAGCUAUUCGGAGCGGCGAUAGGAACUUCCUGCCUGCUGAAUUUCCUCAUACCAAGUCUCUACGACUACCCCAACGGAUUGAUAAUAGUCAAAGUGAUGCAAGGUCUCGUCGAGGGCGUGACAUAUCCAGCUUGCCACGGUAUAAUGCGGUACUGGGCUCCGCCUCUCGAACGUUCGCGCCUAGCAACGAUAGCAUUUAGCGGCUGUUAUGCCGGAAUUAUGUUUUCCAUGAUGAUAUGCGGACUGUUGAUGAACAACAUCAGUCUGAUGGCUCCCUACUACUUCUAUUCAAUUGUCGGUUUAAUCUGGUACAUGGCGUGGUUGUGGCUGGUGUUUGAAAGACCAUCCCUCCACACCUGUAUAGACCCCAAAGAACUGAUCAUGAUCGAGAAGUCCCUGGGCGGUACCCAGCAAAACUACGUCGCCCCGAACCUGACCAACACCCCGUGGAAAGAAUUCUUCACCUCGCUGCCGUGCUACGCCAUCUUCGUCGCCAACUUUUGCAGGUCGUGGAACUUUUAUUUGCUGGUCAUAUUUCAGCCGUCGUACUUUUCCCAAGCGUUUAGGAGUACCACUGCCGAGAACGCGUCUUUAGGCGCUCUGCCCCAUUUUCUGAUGACUUUGGUCGUACCAGCUGGUGGUAUACUCGCUGAUCGACUUAGGAAAAGAGGAAUCCUCAACACGACGCAGGUGCGCAAGCUGUUCAACUGCGGAGGCUUCGGUCUGGAGGCGACGUUCUUUCUGGCUAUGGCGUUUUCGCACACGACCUUGCAGGGUAUGACAGCCUUGACGAUAGGGGUGGCGUUCAGUGGAUUCGCGAUAUCCGGCUUUAACGUCAACCACUUGGAUAUCGCUCCCAGGUAUGCGAGUAUACUGAUGGGGCUCUCCAACGGCAUCGGUACCAUCGCCGGUGCCCUGGUACCGGUAGUGAAGAAGAUUAUUGUCAGGAACGAGCACGAUCCAAAGGAAUGGAGGAUCCUUAUUAUCGUGUCCGCCAUGAUCCACUACGCAGGUAUCAUCUUCUACGGUUUCUUCGCAUCAGGCGAACUCCAGCCGUGGGCCGAUCCAACCGUCGAAGAAGAGAAACACUGGAAUCAAAUGAACGAGGCUGUCCCUGUUGCCAAGUAUCCGCCUGCGGGCGUCGUUCAAGGUCAAUUUAACGGUUUGCUUUCCCGCCAAGGCAGCGGAGGCGGCAUCGUCAAUUACGGUGCCGCCAUGGAGACUUCCCUCGCUUCUCAGGCAAAACCUGUUCCACCAAGACCUCCCGCACCGAGGUCGCUGUCCCAGGAGUCGCAGCAUUCGCAGCAAGGAUCCGUAGUACCUGUAGGAAACCCAUUCAGGACAUCGGCGACUAGUUCGGGUAACCCGUUCAGGCAAGAAACGGUACAACCCGCCCCCGAAGACGUUUACAUGCACGGAACCCCUCAAGACAGAUUAUAUUAGAGUUUGGAUGCAUCCCUGAAAGUUACCGACCCGGAAAAUAUGUCCUAGUCAUCACAUAUUUUUUUUUUUUAUGGGAAUUAGAACAAUCGCAACUAUCUUCGUACUGAAAUUUCGACAAUAAUUAACGAAAUACAGGCACAUAAAUGAAAAAAAAAGACGAUAAAGCACUUGUUAUCUAACGCAACAAAGCCAUGCCUUAAAAUUUACAACGUUUGUUCUUUUCGCGCCAGUAGAUGUGAGUCACACCACGCGUCAGCCCCACCACCACGGGUAUUUAACGCCGACCGCUCAGACUCCUCCCUCUUUCACACAAUGUCCCUAGAUAAAAUAUUUCUAGAAUGUGCAUUGACGUGUUUUUCAAUUGAAAUCAAAGGGGUGAAAAGGUUUUCUUGCCUCCCACCCCCAGGAUAUUCGAAUUUCUAUUUUUCCAGUAAAUGUAUGUAGACGUAAGUACGCAACUGUUAGACGAGGCACUGUCUAAGGUAUAUUUAGAUAACGUUGUCAAUUUGUACAUACCUACUAAAGAGUAUUCUAUUUCGUCCUUGUAUAAAAAACAAAAAAGAUACGGGGUGUUUUAAAAUUAGUAGGUAUCCGGUAGAUAGAAUACAAAAAAAAGGGCGGAUUUUAAAAAAAUUACGCGGCGUUCCGAAGAGAUGGCUAGAGAUUUGAACCAGAAAGUUACGAUGUAGAAAUAUUAGGACCAACUUUUCGCAACGCCCUAUAUAAUGAUCGUGCAAUAAAAGGGUGAAUGUUUCCUUUGCCGCCAAACUCUUUGACAAUAUUAUUCGCAAUUGUGACUUUGUUUACUUAUAAAAAACCGUAGUCCGUAAGUAAACGUAACAAUAAUAACAUUAAUGGAAUAAAUGAACUGUUAAGUAUUUUUGAGGUUAGACGCCUCGGGCUGUGCAGACAAUAAUUAUGGCCGGGUGAAUAACCGCCCGCCAUAUUAGUUUUAAGGUGUAACAUUUAAGUAUUGUAUUCGUCGGCUCUUCUCUGGAGAUACGUGCCAGACCUUUUAAAGCUCUCGAUGCGUAUCACAAAAUAGGGUCCGAAUAAUUAUUUCUAACUACUGGUUUGUUUUGCAUCAUUGGGAAAUGCCAGGCGCGCGCAUCGUAGCGGCGUUGCCGUUUAGUUCUUUAUCGGGAAAUGUUUACGUACUCCUUGGGAUCCGUUUGAGGUUAGUAAUUAACCGUGAAUAUUUCGUGUGAUUGUCGUAUUUUGAAAAUAAACCUUUUUUAAUAUUUUAAACGCUAAAAUCUCGAAGCUGGACGAAUUUCGAAAACAAAAGUAAUAACGUUAGUUCGUUGUCCGUUAAAAGUGGUAUGUAGUACGUAGCAGUAAGCGUAAUAUUCUGCAGCUGCGUGCUUCCUGGAAAAAAUAAUGGAGAGUCAAAGACGCUAAAAUAAUGUUACGUAAAUGAUUUUGUUUAGCAUUUCGUCACUGCAGGGGCGCUGUCCACGUGCAAAUGUUGUGUAAUAAUUACUAGAAGGCCGGGUGUAAGCGCUCGUCUGUGGAGUUCGCACUGGUCUGUGGUUUAAAAGUUUCAGUGGAGAAUUGUUGACUAUUUUCAAAUAUUCAUUACUUUAGAAAAUGGCGGGUAGAUUAGACACUAAACCAGGUUUAAGAUGCAGAAACCGGCCUUAUUUUUGCAACACUUUCACCUCUGCCUCCGUUAUUUGUUUUAUUCCGUAUAAAAAACAAACAAUUAACAAUACUUUUUACUGCUAUUGGGCAAACUUGCCGGGAUCAUUCGGCCAACAAUAGAAGGUUAGGUUUUGAGUACUCGUACUUUUUUCAUUUUCGUUUGUGACCUUUGCCAAUAACAUUCGAAAGCAACAAAUAAUGUUACAACAUACUUAAUGCUGUAAACCACCAUCAUUGCAACCCCGAGAACUUCAGUUCGGCCAUUGCUUGUACAACCGUGUCUUAACGUCCUCGGUUCUCGUUUUAAACGUUUAUUGCGCUUUGGUUUGUGGUUUCGUUGCUUUCUGAGGACGCGAUGACAAGUUUUCCCGCAUAAAAGUCGGCGAAAACGUCAUCCGGGAGUCCUCGUCUAGUGUAGCGGCAAUAAAUAUAUUGAAAAUAUACAAAAAAAUACCCUAAUCAUAGCGAGACACUUUAAUAAUGGCAUAUCUAAAUGUAAUACGUGUGCGAGCCAGGGAAAUUAUUUUCUCGCCGUUUUUUCCCGAACUCGCGUGAACCCGAUUCUAUUGUUACACGGGGUGUUCUCGGGCUACAGUUUCGCUGAGAAAAAUUACCGGCAGGUGUUAAUUUUUUAUGCAAAUAUCACUGAGAUGGCUGUAGUUUUGGUACAACGCAGUCUCAGACGCCCUCCUACCAUCUGGGUCUUAGAAAAACAUAUUUAGGACAUCAUUAGCCUGCGUGUAUGUGGUAAAAGAAAGUUAUGUAGGUUUGUGUGAGUUGUAAAGGACAGCUCAUCUAUUUUUGAUGUUAUUAGCCCUCAUAUAUUGUAAAGACCGGCUAAUAGUACCUCUAAUAGACAUGUAGUUUUUAAAAUGAAAGGCAUUUGGUUACCAAAAGUUUAUUCUGUUGUUGUGGUUAAUGACGUAAUGGCCUAUUUUGCAAACGAAACUAAAACAUCUCGAGCAUAUUAACUGAUGUUCGGGAACAUUCCGUACCAUUAGAUAGCUAUAUUUUGCGUUAUAGUUGUAAUUCACGUUUUCAGAUAUUCUGUGUGAGAGUUAAAACGUCUUUUCGGAAAUAAAUAUGU